AUGAAUUACGUAGUGUCUUACAAGUAUCUGCAUUAUGCAUCACUGCCUACUUCCCUUCAGUUGAAUUCGCUUAGUGCCAAGGAACUAAACAACACGGCUAAAGCCGAAAUGGACCGUUUGUUCUUCACCCGAUGCGCAAAGGUCGGCAGCGAGGCACUCAUUGAGUUCCUCGAGCACUUGCAGACAGUCAACCGAUUCAGCAUCGAUCGGUACGGGCUGCAAAAACAAAUCAAGCGUCAAAUGAGCGAAGCGGAGCAAGCGGACAUAGCGGUUCACAUCUACCAAAAUUCGCCGGGCUCGGUCUAUGUGGAGCACAUCCCCUGGAUCGACUUCAACGACUUCAAUUUGCCUCGUCCCAUCUACGUGAAUCUGGUGCGCGAUCCCGUGGAGCGUGUGAUCAGCUGGUACUACUACGUGCGAAAUUCCUACCGCAAUGCCAUAUUUUAUCGCAGGAACCCUGAUGCACCCAUCAAACCGGCUAGCUGGUUUAAGAAGAGCUACAAUUCCUGUGUGCGCAGUGGAGACAAGGAAUGUCAAUAUGUGCCGCUCUCGGUAACUGACACUGAGGGCAAUUAUAAACGCCAGUCUAUUUUCUUUUGCGGACACAGUCCCGACUGCUUGCCAUUCAAUUCGCCACUAGCUGUGCAAAUGGCUAAGCGCAAUGUGGACCAAGAUUAUGCAGUUGUUGGCACUUGGGAGGAAACGAAUAUAACCCUUGCUGUCCUAGAGCAUUACAUACCGCGGUACUUUGCAAACGCAACCACAAUUUAUGCAAAGUAUCAGAAAACUUUGAGGAACCGAAAUCGUAACAAUCGCAAGCCCAGAGUGGAUGCGGAUGUUCGAGCUAUGGUGCGACGAAAUUUUACGCACGAGUACGAAUUUUACUAUUUUUGCCGACAACGCCUAUACAAACAGUACAUAGCUAUUAAGAGUAGGGACCUUAACUUGGAAUAG